GAAAGGAAGCGCCACGUCUCUUUGUAAUCGUGCCUUUUCAUUGAGUCGGGUCGGGUCCCUUUUAACGUAUAAAAUUGAGAAUUUUCCCAAUCUUCCCCACUUUUGCCAUUUUGCGCCGAAGCUUUGCCAUUGAUUUCGUUCACCGUCCCCGUUCACUUUGCCGUCAUCGCCGCAACCCUACGUGAAGGUUAGUUCACUCUUCCCCGUACUCAUGACGUCUUCUGAUUCCAAUCCUUCCACCCCCGCUGUCGACCCAGCGGCGGUUUGUUUUGAGGAAAUGUACCGUCUAAAUCCCUCCCUAUGCCCCGACGGCUUGAUGGGAGGAACUGAUUAUUCUAUGGUUCUGAGUGCGGUGCCUCUCCGUGCAUCCGUCACCGUGGCGUUGUCGUCUCAGGCGCCGCCCUUGAAAAAGAAGAAGAAGAUACCGAAAGUUGUCCAGGGGAAGAAUCCGAAAUCCCUACCCGUUACCGUGUUGGAAAUGGGUCCGAUUACAAAUACGGGUUGUCUUCUGUUGGAUGUUGACUUUGACGAGGCUCUCCGCUUCGUAGGAGACGGUUACGUGAUGCGCCGACCGCAUACCACCAACCAUGUCUUCUCGGUGAUCUGUCCCGACGCCGAGGUCGGGGUGCACGUGGCGUCCAUGCGCUACGGCCUUUGCUUCCCCCCUCACGACCUGAUAGUCCAAUUUCUGAAUUUCUACCGUCUUCUACCGGGUCAGCUCAGUCCCCACUCCUACUAUUGUUUUUCAAUCUUCCUGAUCAAGUGUCGCCAGAGGGGAGUCCCCUGGUCUCUGGAUUUGUUCCGUUACAUGUUCAAGGUUUCCAAAGUGGGGGCCCAUGAGGGGAAUUCGUAUGUUGUCAUUUCUUCCCAGGCCGAGUGUGGUAUGGUCGUCUUCCCCUCAUCCUUGAAACUUUGGAAGGCCAAGUUUGUCUUCAUUUCUGGCUUUCCCAGGGACCGGCACUCUUUCCAGGCCAGGUUCCCCGACUGUCACGCGUUUAUCCGUCAUCCUCGUCCUGAGGCCACUCCCGAGCUUCUGGCACACGCGCAAAAACUGUUGGAGGAUUGCCGGCCUAAACCACCCCACGUGUACAAGGUGUGCACGGAGCAGAACUUAGUGGAGGUGGGGAUCCUUAUUUCCUUCGAGCGUCAGUUCGAGCUAUCUGAAGCCGUGCUUGGGAGUCGUCCGAAGUAUGGGCUUGAGGAGAGCGCCCCGAGGUCGGAAGAUCUAGAAUCGGAGGACAACGGAGAGGAAGAUGACGGGGAGGCCGAAACUGACGAAGAAUCAGGGCAGCCAUCCUACUCCGAGGGGGUUGCUGAUAUGAAUCCGGUGGAUGUCAUCCGCAAGGCCAAGCUGCUGGCCCGCAAUCGCAGCAGAGGAGAAGGGGCCCAACAAAAACCACCGUCCGAGGAUGCAACUGGAUCUGCUGUUGCUUCCAUCCCGAACUUGGAGAUGGUUCCGACCAGGAACCUGAGAAAGAGGAAGGUUAUCCAAGUCGAGGAUGAAGAUACCGCAUCUGAGCCGGAUACUGUUCCGAGCCAAGGUCCGUUGAGCAAACGGCCGACUGGUCCUCAGGAUGGGAAGCAUCCCACUUCCUUUGACAAGGUUGAUGGGGAUGUAAAUGCCGAGGUCGAGGUCGCAUCCCUGUCCGCGAUGUUGAAGGACGAGGACGAGAUCCUCUCGUCCUUGCAUGGGCUGGUGGAUGGAUUCCACAAAAAGGUAUCGGCGAAACUGAGCUUGAUCAGCAAACGCCGAGCGGGGGCUGAAUUCUCCUCAGGCGUGGAUUUCUUGGCCUCGGUGGAGACGGAGUUGUCUCGCUUAAGGAAAUUGGCGCAAACCGAGCAUGAACAGGCCGUUGAGCUUGAAAUGCAAGCUGUGGCAAAGUCUGAGGAAGUGGUCCGACUGUAGGGCCUUCUGAAAGAGUCCGAGGAGUCGGCCUCCCAAUUGACGGCUUCGAUGGCCGAGCUCGAUGGGCGGUUGCGCCAAUCUGAGGGUCAAAUU